AUGGUCAGGGAUGAUGCCUUCCUCAUCCGAGAGCCAUCCCUGUCAUCAUUUCUGUCCUCUUUUUCAGAACAAGAGAGAAGACUGCAAGCCAACAACAGAGAAUACAACACUAUGUUUGGAUAUCCAAACAAUACCAUCAAGACCUCAAAAUAUAGUUUCCUUAACUUCCUGCCCCUGAACUUAUUUGAACAGUUCCAGAGACUUGCAAAUGCAUAUUUCCUCAUUUUGCUGUGUCUACAGUUGAUUCCCCAGAUCUCUUCCUUGGCAUGGUACUCAACUGUGCUACCCCUGAUCGUGGUGCUGUCCAUCACAGGAGUGAAAGAUGCCAUCGAUGACCUGAAAAGACACCAAAAUGACAAUCAAGUAAACAACCGUCCUGUUCUACUGUUGGUGAAUGGCAAGGUGGAGAAGGACAAAUGGAUGAACGUCCAAGUGGGAGAUAUAAUAAAACUAGAAAAUAAUCACCCUGUCACGGCAGAUGUACUAUUACUCUCUAGCAGUGAGCCAUACAGUCUGACAUACAUAGAAACUGCAGAACUGGAUGGUGAAACUAACCUGAAAGUGAAGCAGGCCAUCUCAGUUACCAGCAACAUGGAAGAUAACCUGGAGCUACUGUCUGCCUUUGAUGGAAAAGUAAAGUGUGAGCCUCCCAAUAACAAGUUGGACAAAUUCACAGGAAUACUGACAUAUAAGGGGAAUAAGUACCUCCUGGACCACGACAAGCUGCUGCUCCGAGGCUGUACUAUCAGGAAUACAGAUUGGUGCUAUGGCUUGGUGAUUUAUACUGGACCAGACACCAAAUUAAUGCAGAACAGUGGGAAGUCCACCUUUAAACGGACACACAUAGACCAUCUCAUGAAUGUCCUUGUAAUCUGGAUUUUCCUGUUUUUAGCCAGCAUGUGUUUUGUCCUAGCAAUUGGACAUGGCAUUUGGGAAUAUAAGAAAGGCUACUACUUCCAGACUUUUCUGCCAUGGGAAGAAUAUGUCUCUUCAUCAUUUGUCUCUGCUAUCCUCAUAUUCUGGUCCUACUUCAUUAUUCUCAACACUGUAGUACCCAUUUCCCUCUACGUCAGUGUUGAGAUAAUAAGAUUGGGCAACAGUUACUAUAUCAACUGGGAUCGGGAGAUGUUUUAUGCACCACGGAAUACACCAGCACAGGCUCGCAUCACCACCCUUAAUGAGGAACUCGGCCAGGUUGAAUACGUGUUCUCCGACAAAACAGGGACCUUGACGCAGAAUAUCAUGAUUUUUAACAGAUGUUCUAUUAAUGGGAAGUUCUAUGGUACUGUCUAUGACGAGAAUGGAGAGACGGUGAAAAUCUCUGAGAAAACAGAAAAAGUCGACUUCUCCUACAACAAACUGGCUGAUCCUAAGUUUUCAUUUUAUGACAAGACUUUGGUGGAAGCAGUGAAAAAGGGAGAUCACUGGGUGCACUUGUUUUUCCUGUCACUCUCCUUGUGCCAUACCGUGAUGUCAGAGGAGAGAGUGGAAGGUGAGCUGGUGUACCAGGCUCAGUCCCCAGAUGAAGGUGCCCUGGUCACUGCUGCCAGGAACUUUGGCUUUGUGUUCCGUUCCCGUACGUCUGAGACAAUCAUGAUGGUUGAAAUGGGGAAAACCAAAGUCUACGAACUGCUCGCUAUUUUGGACUUCAACAAUGUGCGCAAGCGGAUGUCUGUUAUUGUGCGGACACCUGAAAAUCGGGUAAUGUUGUUCUGCAAGGGUGCCGACACCAUCCUCUGUCAACUGCUUCAUCCAUCUUGUAGAACCCUCAGAGAUAUCACCAUGGAACAUUUAGAUGAGUUUGCCAGUGAAGGCCUUCGCACACUCAUGGUGGCCUACCGAGAGUUGGACGAUGCAGUCUUCCAGGACUGGAGCAAGAAGCAUUCUGAAGCCUGUCUGUCUUUGGAGAAUCGGGAAGAUAAGUUAUCAAAUGUCUAUGAAGAAAUCGAAAAGGACUUGAUGCUGUUAGGGGCCACAGCCAUAGAAGACAAGCUGCAAGAUGGAGUACCUGAGACAAUCAUCACCCUGAACAAAGCCAGAAUUAAAGUGUGGGUUUUAACUGGAGAUAAGCAAGAGACUGCUGUGAAUAUUGCCUACUCCUCUAACAUAUUCAGUGAAGAAAUGGAUGGGGUAUUCAUCGUGGAGGGCAGGGAUGAUAAGACUGUUCACAAAGAACUCAGGGCAGCAAGGAACCAGAUGAAGCCUGAGUCUUUACUAGAAACAGAUCCAGUAAACACUUCUCUCACUAUGAAGCCCAAAAAGCCCUUCAGAAUACCUGAGGAGGAGCCCAGCGGCAGCUAUGGCUUGGUCAUCAAUGGCUGCAGUUUGGCCUAUGCUCUAGAAGGGAACCUGGAGCUGGAACUGCUGCGAACUGCGUGUAUGUGCAAGGGGGUGAUCUGCUGCCGGAUGACACCUCUUCAGAAGGCCCAGGUGGUAAACCUGGUAAAGAAGUACAAGAAGGUGGUGACACUGGCCAUCGGGGAUGGGGCCAAUGACGUCGGCAUGAUCAAAGCUGCCCAUGUUGGGGUUGGAAUCAGCGGCCAGGAGGGGAUGCAGGCCAUGCUCAGCAGUGACUUCACCUUUUCCCAGUUCCACUAUCUCCAGCGUCUGCUCUUGGUCCAUGGUCGCUGGUCCUAUAAUCGCAUGUGCAAGUUUCUCAGCUACUUCUUUUACAAAAACUUUGCCUUCACCCUGGUGCACUUCUGGUAUGCCUUCUUCAGCGGUUUCUCUGCGCAGACAGUUUAUGAUAACUGGUUCAUCACCUUCUACAACCUGGUCUACACCUCUCUCCCUGUUCUGGGCCUGAGUCUGUUUGAUCAGGAUGUGAAUGAAACAUGGAGCCUACGUUUCCCAGAGCUGUAUGAGCCAGGCCAGGACAACUUCUAUUUCAACAAGAAGGAAUUUGUGAAGUGUUUAAUGCAUGGGAUCUACAGUUCCCUCGUGCUGUUCUUUGUCCCCAUGGAGACCAUUUACAAUUCAGUGCGCAAUGAUGGGACGGAAAUCUCUGACUACCAGUCCUUCUCCAUGAUGGUGCAGACCUCCUUGCUCUGCGUGGUCACAAUGCAGAUUGCCCUGGAGACAACCUACUGGACACUCAUAAACCACUUCUUCAUCUGGGGUAGCCUGGGCUUCUACUUCUUCAUCAUAUACUUCCUAUAUAGUGAUGGCCUGUGCCUAAUGUUCCCCAACGUCUUCCAAUUCCUAGGAGUGGCCAGGAACACUCUAAACCAGCCGCAGGUGUGGCUGAAUGUUACCCUCACUGUGGCCCUCUGUGUGUUGCCUGUGAUUGGGUACCAAUUUCUCAAACCACUGUUCUGGCCCAUCAGCGUGGACAAGGCUUUAUCCAGAAUUCGUGAAUGCAUGAAACAUCCACUGCCACCCCCAGCCCAGGCCAAAAUGAAACACAUACACUAUCGACGACGUUCUGCCUACGCGUUCUCCCACAAGCAGGGCUUUGGGGCCCUCAUCACCUCCGGCAAGACCAUGAAGUUCGAGUUACCCAAGAAAAGCAGCACUUCGCUUAAAAAAUAG